CUUUCUGCUGGAGUUUUGGUGGUCCUGGCUUGGGUGUACAUUUGCUUUCCCUCCUCUUCCUCUCUGGGGCAGGGGAGGGGAACCUCCUUUGUGCUUCCUUCUCCCACACAAUUGGAUCCUUAACAAACACACCUUCCUGCCUAUGGUGCAGCAUUCCCUUUUGUUACUGAGGGAGAGCUGAGUAUAGAAUGUGGUAUAGAAACAUGUUGAAAUUCUGCCAUGUUCUUUCCUAACAAGGGUGAGGACCUCUGGGUCUCAGUUUCUCUGUCUGUACAAUGGAGGGACUCUGGGAAUGGAGAGGUGGGUGUGGUUUUAUGGAGACUCCUACUCCAGCAAGUGGUGAACAGAAGGAUUUUGGAGGAACAAGAAACUCCAAAGGGGCCAGAAAGGGUCUAAACCCAGAGGUACGUGCUCACUGGAAGAACCCAUGUUGGUGAAGUGUUUGCUAAGUCCCUGUGUUAGAGUGCCUCCUCUUCCUCCAAAGACACUCUUUCCCUGCAGAGCUCCAUUUCUGAGCUCUGGCCCUCAGGGUACCUACCCAAAGCCCAGCUCUUUUCCCAGGAUCUGACAGCUUCAGAAACUGGGGGGAAGAAGAAGGAAAAAGGAAGCAGGGCUACAGCGAUUUCAGAGUUGGGCCUGGAGGAGGGAGGAGCGUUUCCUUACCUGAAGACCCAGACACCCCGACAGACCAACAAAUGGCAGGACAGCUGGAGGUGGAAGUGACCAGGCUCCCUGCAAGACCUUUCCUCUACAGGGCUCUGCUGGGCUUUGUGUGCCUGAGUGCCCCGGGGCUAGCUGUGGAGGUGAAGGUACCUGCAGAGCCCCUGAGCACGCCGGUGGGCCAGACUGCUGAGCUGAGCUGCAGUUACAGCACAUCUGUGGGAGUCAACUUCGCCCUGGAGUGGAGCUUUGUGCAGGCUGGGAAACCCAUUUCUGCGGCCCAUCCUAUCCUAUACUUCACCAAUGGCCAUCUGUAUCCCACUGGUUCUAAGGCGGAACGGGCCAGCCUACUUCAGAACCCCCCCACAGGAGGGGUGGCCACCCUGAGAUUGACUGAUGUUCGCCCCUCAGAUACUGGAACCUAUCUCUGUCACGUUAACAAUCCACCAGAUUUCUACACCAAUGGGUUGGGAUUAAUCAACCUUACUGUGCUGGUUCCCCCCAGUAGCCCCUUAUGCACUCAGAGUGGGCCAACUUUUGUGGGGGGCUCUACUAUGCUGAGAUGCAGCUCUUCUGAGGGAGCUCCGAAGCCAGUGUACAACUGGGUACACGUUGGAUCUUCUCCUCCACCUUCUCCUGGCAGCAUGGUUCAAGAUGAGGUAUCUGGCCAGCUCAUUCUCAGCAAUCUCUCCCUGACCUCCGCGGGCACCUACCGCUGUGUGGCCACCAACCAGAUGGGCAGUGCAUCCUGUGAGCUGACCCUCUCUGUGACUGACUCCUCCAAAGGUCGAGUGGCUGGAACUCUGAUUGGGGUGCUCCUGGGUGUGUUGCUUCUGUCAGUUGCUGCAUUCUGUUUGAUCAGAUUCCAGAAAGAGAGGAAGAAGAAGCCCAAGGAGUCAUAUGUGGGUAGUGAACUUCGGGAGGAUGCCAUGGCUCCUGGGAUUUUUGAGCAAUCUUCUAUGAAGGUGGAUUCUAGCAAAGGGCUCCUGGAAAGGUCCCCAUCUACCAGUACUAUGACGACCACGAAGUCCAAGCUCCCUAUGGUUGUCUGACUUCUGAUCCCUGAGGAUGGUGAGGAGGAAUAUCAAUAAUUAAAAUCUUUGGGUACCA